CUCUCUCUUCCGCUGGAAGGCCUGGCAAAGAAGUCGACGAGAUGAGAGAGGUGAGAAGAAUCUCACGUGCGCGCUCCCCCGUGGGGGUUGCUCAUGAUCACCGCGCUCCACCAGAUGCUUUUUCUGUGUCUUUCCAUUGUUUGGUCCUCGUCGAAUGCCACCCGAUUCGUCGAUUUCCCCUCCUCGCUAGCGCAGCGGCACCACCACCACCACGCCGAAGAAACGCUGCGAGAGAUUGAAUGUGAACACCGUGCUUCCGAUCCGGGUUCCUUUUUUGGAAAAAUUCGGAAUUUUUUCUGGACUUUUUUGAGAGCUUCGAAUAAUCGGUGCUGCCCGCUCUCGACCCCCAUGUGGAAUUCGGAUUUACUGCAACCCCCGGAGGAGGAGGCGGCUUUGCCUCAGGAAGAGAGGCCAUUAGCUGCCGUGCCAAUGGCUGAACCAGAGACUGAUUUGUUUGGGGCUGGAAGGGAAUGGUUGAUCUGGAACCAGCUCGUGCCCGAAGAGGACGUAGUUGCCAGUUGCUGGACUCAGCUUAUUGAUGUAGAGCAAGAUGAUGGGAAGACCUUAAACCAUACCAUUAAGUAUAUGCCACUUCAGACGCCCCUCCAGGUCGAGCCUGUGGCUUCACGGCCACCUACCACUGAACAACGUCCCAAAAGCUCAUCAGGUGCUACUUCUGCUGAGAGUCCAAAACCAUCUUCCUCAGAAGCUGGUACAUCAGGGUCGGCUUCGAAGUCACGGUUGCGAUGGACUCCGGAGCUUCAUGAGAAAUUUGUUAUAGCUGUGGCGCACUUGGGAGGGCCAGAUCGUGCAACUCCGAAGGCUGUACAGAGGUUGAUGGGUGUUCAAGGCAUAACGAUCUACCAUGUGAAAAGUCAUCUCCAGAAGUAUCGACUCGCAAAGUACAUGCCAGAGAUUUCGGAAGAAGCAAAAGCUGAACGGAGAAAGCAUGACAGCCUGCUAACGUCUCUUGAUCUUGGAUCAAGUUACCAGAUUGCACAAGCCUUGCAAUUGCAGAUGGAGGUCCAGAAGAAGCUUCAUGAGCAGCUUGAGAUCCAGCGAGAAUUACAACUACGCAUUGAAGCUCAAGGUCAAUCACUUCAAAAAAUGCUUGAGCAACAGGCCAAGCUAAACCACCCUGAUUUGCCUAUUGGCAUGCCCUCUUCAUCAACAAAUACGGUUGUUCCCACUCCAUCGUCUCUGGCGCUCUCUGACAGCAGUAAUACGACCACUCGAUCCGAGGAUCAACAUGCAGAGAAUAGUGCAGUGAGUACCACGUUGGCGCACAGCCAAACGACGAUGGACAAAAUCGAUCAGAAGCAAACUGAAGCAGGCUUAACCUCGAACACGUUGCUCACUGAACCUGCCGCAAAGAGGGCUUGUCAUGAAACCAGUUCUCAAGUGAAUCUAUCUGGUCAGGCGAACAAUAUUGUGGUUCCACGUACUAAACCCUCUUAUGCUUGGGAGUCUCCGUCGCCACAAGUCCAACGUUCCUCCAGGACAAUGCAAGAGUCCCAACAAUUGCAGACCUCGACUGCAGCAGGGUCGCCUCAAAAAGUUCCUCAACAAGCUCAUGCAGCUUCCAUUUCUCAGCACCCUGGGCGUGUGGCACAAAAGCCUGUGCAAGCGUAAGGGGAGACCGUGUAUUCUAGAAAAAACAGAAAAAGAAAAAAAGAAAAAAAAGAAAAAAAUAGGAGAAUUCUUCUUUGGUUUUGAUUCCUACACGAAAUGCUACAUGCUUUGCUCCACCCUUCUUUGUACUUUGUAUUGGCAAGAAAAGGGAAGAAGCUUUGUACGAUGUUACUGGCCAUUCACCAUGAUAUGAGUAGGUUUUUGUUUGGGGAUGAGGUCCUAUUGGGAUGCAGUACAAAGCUUCGAAGUUUUGGAGGUAGCCAAAGUUCUACUUCAUUUUCUGCGGCUAAAUUCUAUUUCAUUUUCUGAAAGAGGUACUUCAUUAAUGUAUCCUCGGUGGUUGGCUUCAGGAAUAUCGAAUGUAACCAGGAUUCGUAGAUCUUAAUGCGUGUCCAUCUCUAAUUGUUGGAGAUGGUUGCCGGUUCA